AGAAAAAUAAAAAAAAUAAGAAAUAUAUAAUACUUCCUCCGUCCCACUAUAUUUGUCCACUUUCAUUUUUGCACACCAUCCAAUACACUUCUUUAAUCCAUUUUAUCUUGUAAUUUGUAUAUUAAAAAAUUAUAGAAAUUAUAUAUUAAUAAUCUAUAUGUUAAGACAAAUCAAACAAGAUCGCGCAUGACUAUAUUUAGGCUUAUACAUUGAGAGAAUUUGAUGAGUCAAAAAAGAUGAGCAAAGAAGAAGAAGGUGCGGGGGUUGAGAAGACGGGUGCUCCCCGACUGAACGAGAGGAUUCUCUCUUCUUUGUCAAGGAGAUCUGUUGCCGCCCAUCCCUGGCAUGAUCUUGAGAUUGGAGCUGAGGCUCCCAACAUUGUCAACGUGGUCAUUGAAAUAACAAAAGGAAGCAAAGUGAAAUAUGAGCUUGACAAGAAAACUGGUCUGAUUAAGGUAGACCGAGUGUUGUAUUCAUCUGUGGUGUACCCCCACAACUACGGCUUCAUUCCUCGCACAUUGUGUGAAGACAACGACCCAAUGGACGUGCUAGUCCUCAUGCAGGAGCCUGCCAUUCCCGGCUGUUUUCUUCGGGCCAGGCCCAUCGGGUUGAUGCCCAUGAUCGAUCAGGGAGAGAUGGACGAUAAGAUCAUAGCGGUUUGCGCUGACGAUCCAGAGUACCGCCACUACACCGACAUCAACCAGCUCCCUCCUCAUCGCUUGGCUGAAAUCCGUCGCUUUUUUGAAGAUUACAAAAAGAACGAGAACAAGAACGUUGCAGUGAAUGACUUUCUGCCCUCGGGCCGCGCUGUUGAUGCAAUUCAGUACUCAAUGGACCUUUAUGCCGAGUACAUAUUACACACCUUGAAGCAGUAACUAUAAUAACGACAUAUAAGUCGAAACAAAGGGAAAGGAUGUAU